AUGUUACGACGUGCGAUCGAACGAACGGCGCGCCGAGGGACGACGAGCGCGAAAUCCGUCGCGUGCUCUCGAGUUUUCGAACGCGCCUACGACAAAAAGGUGGUGGAUCAUUACGAAAACCCAAGAAAUGUUGGUUCGUUCGAUAAGAGCGAUCUGAACGUCGGCACGGGCGUCGUCGGGGCUCCCGCGUGCGGGGACGUGAUGAAGCUGCAGAUUAAGGUGGACGACGAGGGCAACAUCGUGGACUCGUGCUUCAAGACGUUCGGAUGCGGAAGUGCGAUCGCGUCGAGCUCGGUGGCGACGGAAUGGAUCAAAGGCACGCACGUAGAUGAGGCGGUGACGAUCAAGAAUCAGGACAUAGCGAAACAUUUGAACUUGCCGCCGGUGAAGUUGCACUGUUCGAUGCUCGCCGAGGAUGCGAUUCGAUCCGCGGUGGCUGACAUCAAGGCGAAGCGCGCGGCGGCGAAGACGGCGUGA